CCGUGCGUGCAGCCGAAGUGGUGAAAGCCUCUACGUACUGGCUAAUGAUUGGCACGCUUGACAGUGAUUGGCAGGGCUGCCAUGACAACCCUACAACGACACCAAGAAGACCAAUAGAAAAGCGAAACAAAAUAUUUCAAUGCUACACUCACGGUGGAUUUAGGGGGAGAUAUUAUGAGGCUGGUGUCAUUAGGCGAUAGCUAUUGAAUCAUUCAAUCCGAAUUCGUCGUUCUUUUUUCCUUCGCAAAUUUCAUUCUCUCUCAGGUCAUUUCCAUGGUUUUCAGAUCGCCUUUAGAGCUUUAUCCCUCUCAUUUCUUCCUGCCAAACUUUGCUGAUCGCCCUUUGCUCUUGGCGAGCAGUGCGCCCAGCACCAGGUCUCCCGAAGACUUGUCAAUGUUUCAGCUACCGACCCUAAACUUCUCUCCGGAGCAAGUGGCCAGCGUCUGCGAGACGCUGGAGGAGACCGGGGACAUAGAGCGGCUGGGUCGCUUCCUAUGGUCGCUUCCAGUGGCACCGGGUGCUUGCGAGGCGAUCAACAAGCACGAAUCCAUCCUACGUGCCCGGGCUGUGGUUGCCUUUCACACGGGCAAUUUUCGUGAUCUCUAUCACAUUCUGGAGAACCACAAGUUUACCAAGGACUCGCAUGGUAAACUACAAGCGAUGUGGCUUGAAGCUCACUAUCAGGAGGCCGAGAAAUUACGCGGGCGUCCCCUAGGACCGGUUGAUAAGUACAGGGUGCGAAAGAAGUUUCCCCUGCCUAGAACCAUCUGGGACGGUGAGCAGAAGACGCAUUGUUUCAAAGAGCGGACGCGAGGUCUGUUACGGGAGUGGUACCUUCAGGACCCAUACCCAAACCCCAGCAAGAAAAGGGAACUGGCUCAAGCCACUGGACUCACUCCUACACAGGUCGGAAAUUGGUUUAAAAACCGGAGACAACGAGACAGGGCAGCGGCAGCAAAAAACAGGCUCCAGCAUCAAGCAAUAGGGCAGAAUGGCAUGCGGUCCCUUUCAGAAUCCGGCUGCACCCCACGCAGUUCGGCGGAGUCGCCAUCAACUGCGGCUAGUCCAACGACCAGUGUCUCGAGCAUGACAGAGCGAGUCGACAAGGGCACAUCAAUUCUUUCAGUAACGUCAAGUGACUCGGAAUGCGAUGUAUGAUACGCAAAAGAGAAAUAUAUACAGGAAAAAGGACCUGAAUAAACUUUAUUAAUGAUCGGGGAAGAUGAAAAAGGACCAAUUGAUAUUACUAUUA